GGAGGAAUCGAAACGAGCCCUGCCACGGGGCCUGCCUUUAGGAUAAGAGCGAACACUACGUCCGAGCUGACCGGCUUCUCUUGUGGCAGCUGGCCGGCGACGCCCGCUGUGACGGGCGUGUGAUGGCGGUUUUGCCCUCGAAGAAGGUAAGACUCGUCGCCGCGUUCCGUUCCGGGGCCUCGCCAGAGUGUCCCGACUCCCUGGGAGGCGGCAGGCUGCGGGCGCGCCACGUUCCACGUGUAGGUCUACAGCUGGGAUCCGCAUCAGAGCGCCCCCCCCCUCUCUGGCGUGGAGAGGAGGAGGAGGAGGAGGAGGAGGAGGAGGAGGAGGAGGAGGAGGAGGAGGAGGAGGAGCCCCCCCGAGCAGGGCCGCCUCGAGCAGGCCGUAGCCAAUCGUCCUGCCCGCGCGGUGCCUCUGGUUGUGCCUGGUAAGGCAUCAUCCGCUCGCCUCG